AUGUCUCCGCUCAACGUGGCGAUCGCCUGCUAUGCUCUGGUCCUCACUGCCUUCCUUAGAGACACUUUCGCGGCAGAACUCCCGCCUCUGGUGCCCGCAGUACACAGCUUCACAGCCAGUGGCGAUGGCACUUCCUUCCAACUGUCUAAAGUGGUCCACAUCGUGGUGGACGGGAACCAUGCACAGGAUGUGGACCAGAGUGGCCUCACACUGGUUCCACCCACCUUGCUGGCGUUCGCCCAAACCUUCAAGGCCGAUUUCGAGGAACUCUUUCCACAAACUAAUAUCCUCCUAUCCGUGGGCGAUGCCCAGAAAGCCGGCUUUGCAGAUGGGAAUCUGAUUACGAUGACGCUGUCUGAGUUGGCGAACGCCACGCUCGCGGACGGCUCUCCGACUGCAGAGGGCUACGAGCUCCGUGUCUCCGACUCGGGCAUACAAAUCACCGCCUCGGGGACCAAGGGCGCUUUCUGGGCCUCUCGGACGCUGCUCCAGGGCCUCGUCAUGACAGGCGGACGGUUUCCUUCGGGCGUGGUGGUCGACCAGCCCGACUGGGCAACACGUGGUUUUAUGCUCGAUGUCGGUCGGCAGUGGUAUCCGAUCGGCUUCCUGCAAGAACUGUGCACCUAUGCGUCGUGGUUCAAGAUCAGUGAAUUCCAUGUCCAUCUUUCGGACAAUGUGAGCCCACAGCUCGGAGACGGCAAUGCGAGCACAACGUACGCACGCUUUCGGCUGAGGCCUGAAGACGACGCGCUGGCCGGAUUGACCCCACACCUGAACGAGACGUACUCACGCGAAGACUUUGAAGCCUUCCAGACCCACUGCACCGCCCGAGGGGUCACCAUUGUACCCGAAUUGGAAUCGCCCGAUCAUGCUCUUGUGAUCACCCAGUGGAAGCCCGAGCUUGCACUCUCGUCGGACCCCACCCUCAUCAACCUCACCGUCCCUGACGCCAUUCCCACCAUUAAGGCCAUCUGGAAAGAGUUCUUGCCGUGGAUGCACUCCAAGCAGGUAUCCAUCGGAGCAGACGAAUACGAUUCCGCUCUAGCGGAUGACUACAACAACUUUGUGAAUGAAAUGAGUACCUUUGUGAUGGAAGAGAGCGGAAACACGAAAUCAAUUCGGAUAUGGGGGACGAAAGAGCCAUCCAACAAGACGUCUGUCAGCAAGAACAUAACUAUACAACAUUGGGAGUUCGACCAGGAUGACCCCUUCCGGCUCAUCACCGCGGGUUACAAUGUGAUAAACAGCGACGAUUUCUUCCAAUACAUCGUUAUGAAGCAGUCGGGAUCUUAUCCCCAGAUGCUGAACCAAACGCGCCUCUGGGAGGGGGCCAACAUUGUGACUGGCGGGAUAUGGGACCCUCACGUCUUCGAUCGGGGAAACGCGACGAACAACCCGGGCCUCACAGAUCCCGCCCUGAAGGGAUCAAUCAUGGCCGCGUGGAAUGACCACGGUCCCACCGCAAGCCUCUUCCUGGAGGCCUUCUACGCCGUCCGCGACGGCCUCCCCGUCGUCGCCAGCGCAGCCUGGCAGUCCGCCGCGCGCGCCAACCACCUCACCCGGGCGCAGUACCUCUCAGGCUUCCCGACGCUCGCCGCCCGCGCGCCCGCGCAGAACCUCGCGCGCCGCAUCCCCUCGCUCGGCCCGCUCGUGCUCGCGUACAACCGCAGCCUCGCACGCCCGCUGCCGCCGCCCGGCGCGCGCAUCGCGGACCUCAGCGGGAACGGGUACGACGCGCACGUCGCGCCGGACGGGGUCGCGCUGCUCACCCCGCUCGGGAGCGCGGGCCACAACUACACGCUGCGCGUGCGCGCGGCGCUCUCCGGCGCGCCGGGCGUGCUCCUCGCGGGCCCGGACGACGCGCUUGCGGUCGUCGCGCGCGGCGGGGGCGGGGGCGGGCUCACGUUCGCGUUCAACUCGUCCAAUGUGCUCUACCCGCUCGCCAACUUCACGCUGCCCGUUACUGCUGCGGCAACGGCGGACGGGGACACGGAGUUAACGGAGAUCGUGCUUACAGGCACGGACGCGGGGACUUCGAUGGUCGUCGACGGCGUGCACGCGGGGGACUUCGUCGUCGCGAUCGACGGCACGACGGUGACGGUGCCGCUGGCCUUCGUUGGCCCGAUCAGCACACUGGGUGGAGCGGGUGGGGUGGUCGAAGGCAUAGAAUUGCGGAUUGCGAUGGAGAGCGAGAACUAG